ACACCCAGCCACCCGAAAGCUGGGAGCCCCCACGGGGGACCACAGAACAAGAGCACCCCAUCCCUGCCCAUCGCCUGCCUCGCUUCCCUCUCAUCCUCUCCGGGUACAGCCCAGAACGCAUCAGCUGCCAGGGUUCUGGGUGGCCAGACGCCUGAGCCGACUGAGUCCGAGAAAGGACAAGGGUACGCAACUCCCUCCCAGCGAGGUGCGUGGAACGUCCCCUUUUAGUCCAGUAGGCAACUGGGAUGCCUAGUUCCUUGCCCGCGGGUGCAGUCUGGAGCUUCUAGGGAGCUCGCGGAGUUGCUCCCCCAAGCUGCUGGCACCGGUGUCUCUUCUCCCGCCAAUCGGGACGCUGCCGCCUCGACCUCAGCUAGCUGCAACUAAGUGGAGUUGGCCUCCCUGCCCACCUGUGGAAGAAGCUAGCACCGACUGAUGCGCCAACAACUCCCCCACCCCCUUGGCCUUCUAGCCGUCCCCUCCCACUAAUGCAGCAUCACCCUGUGAAUUACAUUAGGGUGGUUUUCCCCCCCAGCCUCAGGCUUUGUUUGGGUUUGAUUGUGUUUGGCUCUUCGCUAAGCUGAUUUAUGCAGCAGAGCUCCAUCGGCUGGGGAGAAACAAAAGCUCUUUUCUUUGUCUGGGAGCAGACUGUGGAGCCUGUACUUGCUUCGCCCCCGCGGGCCGUCGGCUGUCCAAGGAGGUGCUUUUGGUUGAGACUGCAAGCCCCGCUGUGCGGAGCUGGGAGGGCCUUAGGGGCCCUGAGAUGCAGAGAGCUGCCCUGGCCCAAAUACCUGUAUCGCCUACUCAGAGCACCUGGGUCGGUCAACCCGGACGGUCUAAAAGGUCCUAGGGACUCUCAGCCCACGGGCCUUAAGGUGCGCUCUCAAGUCGAGAGAGCGCAUCAGAAAAGCAACUAGGCAGUAGGCACGGGGCGGGCUGCUUUGCAUUAUGUGCGGCUCGGCCCUGGCUUUUCUGACUGCUGCACUGCUCUCCCUGCACAACUGCCAGCGAGGUCCAGCCUUGGUUCUUGGGGCGGCCUGGGUAUUUUCACUUGUUCUCGGAUUGGGCCAAAGUGAACACAAUAGAUGUGGCUCUGCAAAUGUGGUCUCCUGUGCAAGAUGCCUCCAGCUGGGUCCGGAAUGUGGAUGGUGUGUUCAAGAGGAUUUUGUUUCAGGUGGAUCAAGAAGUGAACGUUGUGAUACUGUUUCCAAUUUGAUAAGCAAAGGCUGUCCAGUUGAUUCAAUAGAAUACCUGUCUGUGCAUGUAGUAACAUCAAGUGAGAAUGAAAUUAAUACCCAAGUGACACCGGGAGAAGUCUCAAUCCAACUGCAUCCAGGAGCUGAAGCUAAUUUUAUGCUAAAAAUCCAUCCUCUGAAGAAAUACCCCGUGGAUCUUUAUUAUCUGGUUGAUGUGUCAGCAUCAAUGCACAAUAAUAUAGAAAAAUUGAAUUCCGUUGGAAAUGAUUUAUCUAAAAAAAUGGCACUUUUUUCCCGUGACUUCCGUCUUGGCUUCGGCUCAUAUGUGGAUAAAACUGUCUCACCAUACAUUAGUAUCCACCCGGAAAGGAUCCACAAUCAAUGCAGUGACUACAAUUUAGACUGUAUGCCUCCCCAUGGAUACAUUCAUGUGCUGUCUCUGACAGAAAACAUCACUGAGUUUGAAAAAGCAGUCCACAGACAAAAGAUCUCUGGAAACAUAGACACCCCCGAAGGAGGUUUUGAUGCCAUGCUUCAGGCUGCCGUCUGUGAGAGUCAUAUUGGAUGGCGAAAAGAAGCUAAAAGAUUGCUGCUGGUGAUGACAGACCAGACAUCACAUCUUGCUCUCGACAGCAAAUUGGCAGGCAUAGUAGUGCCGAAUGAUGGAAAUUGCCAUCUGAAAAACAAUGUCUACGUCAAAUCAACAACCAUGGAGCAUCCAUCAUUAGGACAACUUUCUGAAAAGUUAAUAGACAACAACAUAAAUGUCAUUUUUGCAGUUCAAGGAAAGCAGUUUCAUUGGUACAAGGACCUUCUGCCCCUUUUGCCUGGUGCCAUUGCUGGUGAAAUAGAAUCAAAAGCUGCAAAUCUCAACAAUUUAGUAGUAGAAGCAUACAAGAAACUCAUCUCAGAAGUAAAAGUGCAGCUGGAAAACCAGGUACACGGUGUCCAUUUUAACAUCACUGCCAUCUGUCCAGAUGGGGCCAGAAAGCCAGGCAUAAGUGGGUGUGAAAAUGUGACAAGCAACGACGAAGUUCUUUUCAAUGUAACAGUUGUGAUGAAAACAUGUGAUAUUAUAGGAGGAAAAAACUAUGCAAUCAUCAAACCUAUUGGAUUCAAUGAAACCACUAAAGUCCACAUAUACAGAAGCUGCAGUUGCCAGUGUGAGGACCACAGAGGACUCAAAGGACAAUGUGCGGAAGCUGCCGCGGAUACCAAGUGUCCUCAGUGUGAUGACAGCAAAUGUCAUUUUGAUGAAGACCAGUUUCCUUCUGAAAGUUGCAAGCCACAGGAGGAUCAACCUGUCUGCAGUGGCCGAGGUGUUUGCAUUUGUGGGAAAUGUUUAUGUCACAAAACCAAGCUUGGAAGAGUGUAUGGCCAGUACUGUGAAAAGGAUGAUUUCUCCUGUCCCUAUCUCCAUGGGGAUGUGUGUGCUGGGCACGGGGAGUGUGAAGGUGGCAGAUGCCAGUGCUUUAAUGGCUGGGAAGGGGAUCGGUGUCAGUGUCCAUCAGCCUCAGCACAGCACUGUGUCAACUCCAAGGGCCAAGUUUGCAGCGGGAGAGGCACCUGUGUGUGUGGCAGGUGUGAGUGCACUGAUCCGAGAAGCAUUGGCCGCCUUUGUGAGCACUGCCCAACCUGCCAUCUCUCCUGCAGUGAAAACUGGAAUUGUCUGCAGUGCCUUCACCCUCACAAUCUGUCUCAGGCUGUCCUUGAUCAGUGUAAAACCUCCUGUGCUGUCAUGGAACAGCAGCGCAUGGACCAAACAUCAGAGUGUUUAUCUGGCCCAAGCUAUCUGCGAAUAUUUUUCAUCAUAUUCAUAGUCACAUUCUUGAUCGGGUUGCUUAAAGUCCUUAUCAUUAGACAGGUGAUACUACAAUGGAAUAGUAAUAAAAUAAAGUCCUCUUCAGAUUACAGAAUGUCUGCUUCAAAAAAGGAUAAACUGAUUCUGCAAAGUGUUUGCACAAGAGCUGUAACCUACAGACGAGAAAAGCCUGAGGAAAUAAAAAUGGAUAUCAGCAAACUAAAUGCUCAGGAGGCUUUCAGGUGCAACUUCUAAAGAAAAAUUAACAAACAAACAAAAACUAUUGGAAGUUGGAUGCUUUUACACAAUUUAUUCUAGCAAGUAUAAUAUAAAAAAGUCACAGGAGGAGACGAAUUAUUGAAGAGUGUGCCAUGAAGACUGGCAAGUGUCUUCAUAACCAUAUGAUUUACUCAGCUGCUGAAGUUUUCAGUGAACUUUGUGUCUUACUACUGUUGGAGACUAGUGUUGUAGCACUUUACUGUAAUAUAUAACUUAUUUAGAUCAGCAUAGAAUGUAGAUCAUCUGGAAAGCACUGAUUACACUUUACAGGUACCUGUCAUCCCUGCGCUUCUCAGACAGACACACGGCUAUGGAGCAGGUUGCAUGGUGUCACCACCACAGAGCAGUGAUCCUUGUGCACAACCUGCUGAUGAAAAGCAUCCAGGAGUAAUUGAAAGUAAUCAACCACACAUAACAAUUGGCAUUGUCUAGCUGUGCACAACCAGUUGAGUAAGGGUUAGGGUUUCAUUAGAGUUGGGGUGUACAGAUAAACUUUAACCUAAGUGGUGUUGCUUUUGAAGCUGUGCAGUUUUGUGCAUGCACUGGUCUGUUUUCUUCCCCUUUGAAGCUGCGUGGUUUUGUGCAUGUACAAGUCUGCGUUCUUCUCUUUUGAAAAAUGGAUUUUGACUCCUAUAUCCUUUUCUUUUUGAAUUUAAAUUCUGUUUUUCUUUUUUUGGAAUAAGUUUAUAAUGUCACAAAUGACUGGAUUAAAUAAGUGCUAAGUUACUACUGCCAUAGAAACCUAUAUGACAAUGUAGGUGUCAUGACAAUGUCACUUUAUUAGAAUACUGGUUUUUAAAGCUGAAUGUUAAUAAGGGUCACUGUAAGGUGUCAUCUAAGUCCAUAGCUUUUUUGUCUGAAGAUAGGUUAUAUUUUCUUGCCUGUCAAACUGGAUGUAUUGUUUCACUCUGUCAUUGAUCUAACCUGUAGCCUGAAAUCCACAAGGUGUCUACAAAACUGCUUCAAGCAGAGUACCUUCUUUUCUGAGUAUUUUCUCUUGAUUUUUUACUCCAAGAUGAUGUCAACAGUUUUCAAAUGGAAAGCUGUAUUAUUCUUGCCCUCCUGUGCACCCUAAGGGCAUUCCUUGAAUUAUUCCAACCCUAUUCAUGAAAACUCACAAAAGUAUAAAAUUGAUCAAGUGAGGGUAAUAUCUUGGAAACAAGCUAAUCCUCCCCCAUUUUGUUAGCCAGGAAAUGGAGGCUCAGAAAAUUAAAAUGAUUUCACAAAAACACAGAUGCAAAGAAAUGACAGUAUCAGAGAAGAACUGUCUUCCAAUUAUAGGUCAGCAUUGGACAAUAAUAUUCUACCUCUUGAAUCUGCAAAAUAUCCAUGGAAAAAUUUAAAAUAUGAUUUAUUCAAGUCCUGAGUAUUUUUCUUGAGAAUAUUUCAAAGCAAAGUAAGAAAGGGAACUGUGCAUAAGCAGCUUCUAGUUUUUCCCCACCUUCUGAUAAGGCUUUGGUGCAGCCCUUCCCUCCACAGUGGCUACAAGAACAACCCUCCUGGAGCUGAUCAUGACUCAGCUUUGAUCCAGAGGCUCAUGACUUGAAUUCUACAUUUUAACAGUCUUUUGUGUAGCAAGUGUCUCACCAGUGACAACAGAGGAAUCUAAAGAGUGUCUCUCCUCAGUUUGCUGCUCUCCAGCACUUGAAAGUCCUAGAUAUCAGCAUGUUGAUGAAGUCUAGCCUCCAUUGGGUCUUAUACCCUGGGGCCUGGAAAGCUGGAAAGUUAUUCUCUAGCCAGCACAAAUGUGUCCCUUAGCAGAGCAAUGGCAGUGCUCUUGACUUGAGUGCUUAUUCUCCCUCAACAGGAGAUGGACAUUGUCAAAAUACUGUGACUGUGUCUAAAAGAAACUGUGCUCACUAAAGCUGAUGUGAAAAUCCUACUUUGCUGCUCAGAACUGGAUCCUUUUAUAAAUACAUAAAUUAAUGGAUGCUUGGUAGUCCCUCCCCACCCCAAAGGAAGAUAUCCAUUAAUUAAAUGCUAACAACUCAAAAGUGAGCAGUGUUUAUGAACAAUAAUUUCCACAUGAAAUGAGCAAAAGAGCAUACUCAAAGAGAAUCCUUGAAAAACAAAAAUUUGUACAUUUUUAGGCCCUCACUAGUUUGCACUAAUUUUAAGAUUGAUCAAGGCUGUUGUCACAGGAAAGAUGAAUUUCCUUGCCAGGAAUUCAGUGCUGGAUGAUAGUAUGUACUUACAUGUGGAAUGUCUUGUAGCCUCUCUUUCUUUUCUUUUUGUUAACUUAAAAAAACUAAUUUUUAAAAGAUCAUAGGGCUUAUAUUUUACUUGAAUAAUUGUUCUGCUUAAUAGUUUGUGAGAAGAGAAUUAAUCUUUGACUAGGUAGAAUUAAUUAACAGGUAAGGGGAAACAGGGUAUUCUUAGAUUAAAUAAUUUAUGUACUUUUAAACUAUUUGCAAAUGCUAUGACAUGAGUCUUUUGAGUUGUUGAUAGUAAACACAAUUAAUUGAAUUUUAAAUUGUUAGCAAAAUGAAUAACUUGAAUAAUUAUUCAAAAAUGUCCCAUAUUUCCAUUACAUAAGCAACUA